AUGUCGACCUUCGAUCCUACCCAUGUCAACCUGAACACGGCCAGCAUGGAAGAUGUCCUGUGUUGUAUGGAAGUCUCCUCCAAUGACUACAAUGGACAUCUCGGUGGUCGUUUCUCCUCUAUCUUUGUGAUUUUCUUCGUUUCCUCCGCCUUUACUAUCUUCCCAGUCGUCUCCAAGCGCAUGACAAGGUGGAAAGUCCCUUUUAGCGUGUAUAUAUUCGCUCGCCACCUUGGAACCGGUAUCAUCGUAGCCACAGCAUUCAUCCAUCUUCUUGACCCGGCCUAUGGACGAAUCGGUCCAAAGACAUGCGUUGGGGGAUUGGGGUACUGGAUUGAAUAUCCUUGGUGUGCAGCGAUUGUACUGAUUGUACUGGCUUACAUUGUGAUCAUAUUCUUGCUCGACCUGGCCGUCAGUCGCGACGUUUUCUCGCGCUUGGGAAAAGGUCUUUGGUCGAUCUACGGCGUCUGA